AUGGCAUCGUUGGCUGGUGCCGGUAUCCUGCAAAUGUCCAGUGCCCGUCGCUGCGCACGCCAAAAUCGGUGGCUUACCGUCGGACGAAUCUCAGACAGCAGCAUCGAACCCAGCGUGGACGACAACAAGAUGCCGGACGAUGUGUGGAAGUAUCUGGCCAAGGUCAACAAGACCCUUUGGCCGCUCCUGAUGCGUGUUGCGGAGGCCGAGGGCGCGGACCUGGGCGGCAACGCUGAUGCCUUCAGCCGGGCGGCCAUGGGCUUGGCGACCUGGCAGGACGAGCUGUCCCGCGGUACAAUCUGGAAGGAUGAGAAAGGGGCGAACUGGCCGGCUGAGAAGAACAUGCGAAGCCGAUGGCAAGAUUUGUUGAUCAGCAAGGGCCUGCCCCAGCUUGUUCGCAGGUAUCCGAAGCUGAUAGAUCCGCUCCUGGAAAGCCUUCUGGAAGCCCUGGAAGAAUACCACAACCAGAACAUGCAGCAGAAGCAAGACCAGCAGGGUGGUGGUGGUGGAGGAGGCUCGGGGCAGUCUCAGCAGCAGCCGCAGGCCGGGCAACAGGAGGAGGAGGGUGGGGGACAGGAUGAGGACAAGGAUGACGACAAGGAGGACAAGGAGGACGAGGAGGAGGAGGACGACGACGGGGAUGGAGACGAUGAGGAGGAGGACGAGGAAAAGCAGCAGCAGAAAGAGCGAGAGAACAGGGCGGAUCAGAUCCUGAGUCAAGUGGCAGAGCAGUGGGGAAAUGCGGCCAAUGCCAUCAAUGCUGCGGAUGAAGCCUUCGGGUCGGGUACAGGUUCCUCGAUGUCUGAUGGCUUCUCGCUGGGCAGUGGGGAGUGGCACGACUCGGUCUCGUGGAAAGAGCUCCAGCAGUUGGCGAAGAUCCUGCGGAAGAGCCCGGAGCUGAGGGAGCUGAUCCGCAAGCUGGGCCGGCGCAGCGCCGUGAGGGGACCGCUACACAAGCUCCCCGAGGAGAUCUUCAAGGAAGGAGCGCCCAAUGGUGUCAUCCGCUCGCCAGCGGCUCCUGCCGAAUCCAGCGGCGUCACCUUGUCAGGUACCUGGGACACCAUGCUGCCCAGCGAAGCACAGUUGCUGGCGGCCAAAGUACCGAUGCUCCGUUCGCUGCACCACUCGCGACGCAUCGAGCAGUCGCUUCUCUGCUACGACCGCAGCGCCUGGCUGGAAGAUUCCGCGAAGAUGUCGGGCAGGUCUGAGAUGCGACCUUUGGGCGAAGCCGGUCCGUUGAUCGUGUGUUUGGAUACCAGCGGCAGCAUGUGCGGGCAGCGGGAAGUGCUGAGCAAAGCCUUGGUCGUCGAAUGUGUCCGGCAGGCGCAUCGGCAACGGCGCCCCUGCUACCUCUACGCCUUCUCUGGCAUGGGGGACCUGAGAGAGCUAGAGUUGGACAUGUCGCAGGAUGGCCUGAGGAAGGUCUUGGACUUUCUGAGAAGCAGCUUCGGCGGCGGGACUUAUUUGGAGGAUGCCCUGCAUCAGACUGCCGAGAGACUGAAGGAUGAUAGCUGGCGCAACGCAGACCUGCUCAUCGUCACUGAUGGGCAGCUCGAUGUGCGAACGGGCGACGAGGAGCCCAUCUACCAGGCCCGGAGGGAGUUCGGCACCAAGGUGUUCGGCUUGGUCCUGGCGAACUCCGGCGGAGAUGCCAUGGAGCGACUCUGUGACGAGCUCUAUGUGACCGGGGACGUCAGAGACGGCUACUCUUCAGGCUCGUCGAACUUGGCCUUCCCCAAGCUGAAGCUUGUGACCAAGGGCAUCGAUGUGGCCCAGAAGCGCGGCGCGUCGCUGGCAUCCAGCUUGACAGAGGAGGGCUACAGCUUCGUCAGCUGCAGCGUGGAUGGCGAGGCCAACUCAAUUUUCUGGGACCGAAGCCGCUGGGAGAUGGUUGGAAAGGAGGAAGGGGCUGUCCUUUCGGUGUCCCUCCGGCCUCUGGAGGACCCAGCCGUGACGAUUCGAGCGCUUUGCUUCAAAGCAAAGGCGUGUCCGGAGCCCACCAGGUUCUUCAGCUCUACGGAUGAGCCCCUGCUCGUCUGCACGGACCUUUCCUGGUUGGGCGGCGUGCAAGCUGCCGGAAUCCUCGAAGAUCUCAUGGGCCUGCCCUCGGUCACGGAGGAGGUGCUGGGGACCGAGGUCGCCGCGCACAUGCCCGCCCCGCCUGGGCUGAGUCAGGACUGCGAGCUGGCGCCCGUGCGCUGCGCCACCGGAUUGAAUAGGCUGCGUUUCCCUGAUGCCGUCUUCUUCCACGAGAUGGCAGCCGUUGCGGCGCUCUCAGGCCACAGCGAGGGAUACAUGGCAUCCAUGCCACCUGAAGAUGUGGUGCAUCAGUUUCCCUGCUUUCGGCUUCCCAUCGUUGCAGCUUUCGACUGGCGCGCUGGCAGGGCCGGAAGUGACGAGGAGAGGGAGCUGCUGGACAUCGGCCUGCCACCGGGGCUCUUUUAG